AUGAUUGAAUCUGUUUGGUCUAAAUUUAGUUUAAGUGAUACAAUUAAAUUUUUUAAGGAUGAAUUUGAAAGAUCACCAAUUCGUAAUGGACUUACAACAAAAGGUGAAGCUGUACCAAUGGCAAAAAAAGUUGAUGAGUUGACUAUUCAACCUAAAACUAAUGUUGCUGAUCAUUCGAAACCUGCUAACACUAAUACCCAAGCUAUCAAACAAAAACCAGCAGUUCAAACAAAUUCUUUAGUCGAACCAUCUAAGUCUAACAUUAAUCUCGAAGUUACAGCCAUUUCGAAUAUUUUGAAACCAACUAAAGCUAAAAAGCCUAAAUCAAUGAUUGCAGAUCCACAAACUAAUAUAAUGACGGGAAUCAAUACAUUAUCAGAAUUAGCAGUUAAUCAUGAUCAAAAUAUUGAAUCCUUAAUGCAAAAAUUUGAAAAAUUUGAAAAUAAAUAUGAAGAAAUCAAUAAUCAACAUAUUGAUAAUAAUAAACCACUUUGA